AUGAGUCCAAUAAACCGUAUCCCUGUACUUCAAAAUGGUACCGUUCUACGAUUGCUCGGUGUACAGAGCAGUCAAGAAGGACGAUAUUCGUGUACCGCAUCGAACAAGGUUGGACGAGCCGAGGCUGAUACUUUCCUUCAAAUCACAGCACCACCGCGAAUAAUAACACCAUCAGACGAGUUGAAAGUGAUCGCCGGUCACGGUCAAACGAUACGAUGUGAAGUGAGCGGAACGCCAUCACCACGCGUUGAAUGGCUUAAAAACAACAAGAAAUUUGAUGCGGCUAUGGCACAAGCAUCAAGCAAUCUGCAUUAUAUCCAUUUCAGGUUCGAAUUGUCAUCCUUCAGCCGUAUGAAGACCUUAUAA